AUGGCGGACAAGGAGGACGUGGUGGUUGAGGUGGUCAAAGCGAUCACGGUGGUCUUCAUGGCAAUGGUUUGCGUUGUGGUCAUGCCACCCGUACAUACCGCCCACCCUUUUGCAGAGGAGGAUAUGCCCCCAAUCACAACUCGAGCCAUCAUCUAG